CUCUUUCUUUCUUCAUUGAAAGAAAAGAGAAGAGGAAUGCUUCGAAGCAUUUGUAGCGUCACAUUGACCGUAGCCAUAGAUUCUAAAUGUCCUGUAAUUCUAAAUGUCCUGUAAAAAACCCAUGUCCUAUAACUUGUCCCAAAGUCAGAGAACAGCUCCGCGCCGCAAGUAUGUCACUUUAUAAAAUGCCUUUGAAUAGAUUUUAAUGUUAUUUAAAUUAAUUAUUUGCAAACAUUUAUGAAUGUUUCAAUCUUCGCAAAUUAAAACAGUCAAGGAAUGGCCUAAUGUGACGGACGGGAUUUUCCCGCGGAAGAAGAACGAUGCAGAACCGCGAUUUCCAUCGGGUGUUAUUUCGAGAGACAUACAAGAUGAACCGGAACGGGUAAUCGAGGAAACAUAUGUUGAUAAAGUACCCGUCAAUCAUGAUGUGCGACCUGAAGUAAAAGACAUCGAAACAGAACCCAUAGUUCCCCAGGAGUUUCCAAUCAUUCAAGAACCAGCUGUCGUUCCAACAGAAAAGAUAGCUGAUGACAUUGAAGAGAAAAUUGAUUUAAUUGAAAAAGAGAAAUUAAUCCAAGAACUUAUAAUCGUCCAGGAAGAAAAGAUAAUAGAUCGUGAUGAAAAGAAAAUCGAUUUUGUUGAAGAAAAGGAGUUAGUCGAAGAACCCGCAAUCAUCCCGGAAGAAAUUGUCACUCCAACAGAAAAGGUAGUAGAUCGCAAUGAAAAGAAAAUAGAUUUUGUUGAAGAGGAUUUAGUCCAAGAACCUACAAUUAUCCCGGAAGAAGCUGUCACUCCAACAGAAAAGGUAGUAGAUCGCAAUGAAAAGAAAAUAGAUUUUGUUGAAGAGGAUUUAGUCCAAGAACCCACAAUUAUCCCGGAAGAAGCUGUCACUCCGACAGCAAAGGUAGUAGAUCGGGAUGAAGAGAAAAUCGAAUUAAUUACAGAAGAAAAAUUAGACGAAGAACCUGUCGAGAAAGAAAUUGUCAUUCCGGCAGAAAAGAUAGCAGAUCGCAAUGAUGAGAAAGUCGAUUUCGUUGAAGAGGAGGACUCGGUUCUUGAAAAAAUUGCAGCGGAACCCGUGCAGGAAGUUCCGAUUGCGAUUGAGGAACCUGAGAUUAUCGAAGACGAAAUUAAGCUGGCGCCAACAACAAAGAUUGAAUUGGAACCGUCGCGGGAACUGGAAGAGGAUUUCGAGCCAGAGGAGCGCAUGGAAUAUGGCGAGGAGGAGGAGAGCAUCACUGACUACGAGAAAUUUAUCGACGAGGAAUUGCAGGAGUCUCUGCCCGCCGUAAUAGCGAGGGAAAUUCCGGAGGAGCCAAAGGCGGUGCGUCGUGAAAUUUCCAGGAAUGCGGCCACCUUGUACGAGAGAAUCGAUCGCGAAAGACCUGUCAGACCAGCGGAGGAGCGAGAAGCGGUUACCGCAAUGCCUGAAGAACGACCGGCUGAAGAAGAGGUAUCUGCAAGACGAGCUCUCGAGAACUCGACAAUAACAGAGCAGAUCAUCUCGCGUGAGCCUGCAGAGGAUGCUUGCGAGGAAACAUGCCCUGUAGUAAAGGAGCAGAAAGGCAAGCAGUUGGCUUAUUUUCAAGGAAUACUCAAUGCUGUCAUUUCCCGUAUUGUAUUGAUCUUUCCUUCUCUCUACCUAUGUCUACACCGUAACCGUAUAUAUGUAUAUCAGUUUGCAUUCCACAAAUCGAGAUUCGUUCCUAUUGCAGAACGCAUUAUGCGCAAAUUGAAGGCACGGCAGAGGGUCAUAGAUCAUUAUUAUCUGACGAAAGGCUUCAGCUACUUCGAGGACGUAUGCACGUGCUCUCUGGCUUGCAUGGUUUAUACUUUGAGCAGGGAUCCGUUCGUGAAGAGCAUAUUCGCGUCUCUCGCAUUGUUCGCAGUCGGACUGAAGCUGUGCUCCGAACUGGAUGCGUGGGAGAUGCCGAGUCGCGUUUCAUAAGUUCAAGAUAUCG